UCCAGCCCCCUGCUCAACCCCGCCUGGAGCAACUCCGACGACCUGGUGCACCUGUACACCUCCAGCGCCAGGAAGAGCCUCCACCUGCGGAUCCAUCCCGACGGACGCGUGGACGGCAGCCCGGACCAGACCGUGGACAGUGCUUUGAUCAUCAAAUCUGAAGGUGCAGGCUAUGUUGUGAUCAGUGGUGCGAGGACCGGACUCUUCCUUUGCAUGGAUGUUAACGGAAAUCUCUUCGGAUCGAACUUUUUCAGCAAUGAGGACUGCCUUUUUAAGCACCUGAUGCUGGAAAACGGCUACGACGUUUACCAGUCCCUCAAGCACAAGCACCUGGUCAGCCUAGGAAGGGCGAAGCGGCCACUCUUUCCCAAUAUGAACCCGCCGUCCUUUUCUCAGUUUUUAACCAGAAGGAACGAAAUCCCCUUGGUCCAGUUCGACACACCCAGGCCUCGCCAAGUGGACCCCUGGGACGAGGACACCGAGCUUUGUGGGGGCCUUUUGUCCACUGGAAAGUUGCCGGAAGAAAAUCCGGACGAGGUGGGUCCCCACCCCUGCUUGGGCAGCUCCAAUUCCGAAGAGAGGGACCCCAACGGGGCCACGCUCAGCAGAAGGUUUUCUAACCCCCGAACGGAUUCCUGA